AUGCCGCCCACUUGCAACCCCUGCUGCCCGUUCUGCCACCGCGUCCUCCUGACCCUGGAGACCAAGGGGGCCCACUACGACCUCAGCUACGUGGACUUUGCUGACAAACCGCAGUGGAUUGUGGACAACUUUGGGGGCAAGGUGCCCAUCAUCCAGGAGGGAGAUUUCAAGCUGGUUGACUCCGACAAGAUCGUGGAGUGGCUCGAGGAGAAGAUCCCCUCACCACCCAUGAAGGCCGACAGCCCUGACGCGGCGGGGAAGCUGUUCCCGGCGUUCCGCGGCUACAUCUUGAGCAAGCCCGAGGAGGAGGAGGAGAAGAAGGCCGCCUUCGUCGCGGCGCUCGACGCGCUCGAGUCGGCGCUGGCGGCGGCGCCUGGGCCGCUGUUUGGCGGGACGCAGCUCAACGCGGUGGACGCGGCGCUGGCGCCCAAGCUGUACCACGCCUUGACCGCCACGAAGCACUUCAAGGGCUUUGACCUAUACGCGCAGCCGGGGUACGAGGCCGUCAAGAAGUACCGCCUCGCAUUGUCAGAGCACCCUGCCUGGAAGAAGACGGACUACGGCCAGGAGGCCAUCAUCAAGGGCUGGACCAAGGCAAUAGCCGCCAACAAGUAG